AUGGCUCGUCACGUCGACGAUCCUACCACGAUCAAUGCGUUCCUACGCCUGAUCCAUGGUACUCCUCUGUCCGCGAGCCCAAAUGCCCGAGCAGAACCUCAGACUGUGCCUCUCGCUACUCUCAAUCCCACUUCCCAUGAAUCCGGAGAUGGCAUCGCAUCACCUGAGUCCUGGGUUUCACCAGACGGCGCUUCUGUUUCUGCAGAAACAAGCCCAGCACGCGGCUCUCGUGCACCGCCUCCGACACCGGAAACUCAACCCGUCUCCAAUGGAAUCAGCACACCUCUUGAACCUAUCUUUGAAGACGCCAGCGACUGGUCCAGUGGAACAAAGCAGACCCCAGUGAACAUGAACAAUCCAGAAUGUUGUGAAGGAGACAGCUCACCGCCAAACCAUGGCUCUCUAGUCAAAGAUGAUCUUAUUCCAAUGACUGAGGAUCUGACUUCAACUCAGAAUGCUCUCUUGGUGAAGAGACAACCUCAUACUGCUGGAGAAGACCAAGACGAAAUCAGAAGAAAGCUUCGUGAACGAGCAGCAUGCUAUAUGGAGGAGACGGUGGAGAAGUUUCGCCAGUCAAAAGCAGCUAUGUUCGUAGAAGGUGAACGGCAGGCUGUUCAGGAGACAUCCCGCGUUGCCGAAGUCAACACCACUCGCAUCCAAGAUACCAGAAUGACUGGCACCGUCCAAACCUCAAAGCUUGCAAAGACUCCCGAGAUGCCUGUUUCUAUGACUGGUCUGCAUUCGUUGGCUGACGACAGUCCUAUUCACCGCAUGCAGAACCCUGCAACCAAGAAUGAAGCCAUGCCCACUGCUCAGGAGAACGAGAUUGUCAAAGAGCGAAUCCAUAACAGCGAUGAAUCCCCUUUCAGUGCUUCGACCAACGGUGGCAUCGCGUGCAAAGAUACCCCCUCAACAACCACAUUGGUCGCUGUUGAUGCUAAUACUAAAGAAAAUAUUCGCCAGGACAACCAGGAGGAAGAUGGAAGUGAGAGUAGUGACGAAGGUACUGAGCAAGAUCGGGAACAUCUCACCCACUUCAAAACCUGGGGAAAGCCCACAGGUCGGGAUCAGCCAAGUGCUCGCGUUCGGAAGGUCACCCUCAGCGGCCUCCCUCUCAAUGCAGACCUUACCCUCGUUCAGUCUCUGAUUCACGGUGGCGCAGUGGAAUACAUGGCUCUAGCCCCUGCCUCUCCUGAAUCCCGCGCUCUGACUGCCCAUGUCAUUUUUGUUUCGGCGGAUGCGUGCGACAAGUUCUAUGACAAGUACCCAAAUGGUAUAGAACUUCGUCAUCAGAGCAAGCAUUACGCUGUCAUGGUUGAGAAGGGAAAGAAUGUCGAUGUCAUCAGUGGGAUGAUGCAAGGCUAUCUCGAGUGUGGUGCUACACGUGUCUUGAAAGUGUCUCCGGUUGAUGACGACUGGGGCAUUGUGGCAUUGCACAGACUUGCAGAGGGCAAGCAGAAGAUUCGUCAUGUGGAAGCCAUUGUCGAUGUGUACCGCAACGAUAAUCGGACGGUUAUGUUUCGCUUUGGAAACAUCACCCACGCAGUCCAGUUCAAAGGUGUUCUGAUUCGCAGCCACGACUUCGAUGGUUGUUCAGUCACUUUUGCAGAGGAUCCUUGCGAAGCCGCUGCCAGCUUCCACUACGACUGA